GCACAGUUUUUUUGUUCAUACGAAUUGUUGUAUAAACCUAUAUACUGUGGCCUAGGAGUAGAGUGUAGAGGUUCAAGAAACUCCAAUAAUUGCAAAUAAAGGUAUAAAUUGUAUAAAUAUUUUAUACAAUAUAAAAUUUGAUUAAGGCCCCUUCUUGGAGUGUGCUAGUGUGCUGUAGCUGUGAUUUAGUUUAGACACAGAAUAACUAACCAUACAGAAGCGAAACUGACUGUCGUUUCCAUUGAUUGUGUGGGAACCGAAAUAUUUGACCUUGAGCCCUAGUUACAGAAUGGAACUUGAUGUUCUAAGGAAUAGACCAAUUCAAAUGAUGUGAUAUUUUUGACAAGUAGCUAUUAAAUAAUUUUGAAAUAUAAAAUUUAACUAUAAAAUAUAAAUAAACUAUAAAAUAAAACAUAUAUAAAUAUAAAAUUUAACUAAAAACAACUGUCACUGUCAGUCUAAAAGUGAGGUUAUACCAGUUACGUUGACACAUGAGCAUGAAAAUUAUGUUACCAUUUUGGGCCUGAGUUUCGCUUCUGUAUGGUUAGUUAUUCUGUGGUUUAGACGUUUAGACCUUUAGACAGAAUACACUUACUUGGAUGUAAAAUUACUAUUGUAAUUUGGAAUUGGAAUAUGUACAUAUAAAUCAAAACAAGUGUAAUAAAAUGGAAGUAAAACAAGAAAUUAGCGAGGAAACCUGUAAAGUAGAAAUAGAGUAUAAUAAUGACUUGGAUAAUUAUCUUUUGAAUGGCUUUAAAUGUGAAAUUCAAGAGCAGUCCAAUAGAGAAGUGACUCUGGACAGAUAUGAUUCCUUAGACUUGAAGAAGUGGCACAUAAAUACUGAUAUAAAACAACAUGGAAAUUCAUUUGAAGAAAACCAAGAAACUGAAAAAGGUUAUCUCCCAAAUGAAACAAAAAUGGAAAUUAUGGAGAAACCAAUUGAAUAUUCAUCUUACGAAGGAAAUGAUAUCAGUCUAAACACUGAAGAAAAAACAUUAAAUAAAAAUAUGGAAGUUGUGACUGGAAAGAGACCUUAUAAAUAUGAAAUUUGUUUAAAACAGUGUAACACUGCAAGUGAUUUGACAAGACAUUUGAGAGCGCACACUGAUGAAAAAUCUUACAAGUGUGAGAUUUGUUUUAAGCAAUUUAGUGAAGCAGGUACUUUGAAAAAACAUUUGAGAGUGCACACUGGGGAAAAACCUUACAAGUGUGAGAUUUGUUUUAAGCAAUUUAGUGAAGCAGGUCAUUUGAAAAAACAUUUGAGACUGCACACUGGGGAAAAAGCUUACAAGUGUGAUAUUUGUUUUAAGCAAUUUAGUCAAGCAGGUACUUUGAAAAAACAUUUGAGAGUGCACACUGGGGAAAAACCUUACAAGUGUGAGAUUUGUUGUAAGCAAUUUAGUGAAACAGGUCAUUUGAAAGUACAUUUGAGAGUGCACACUGGGGAAAAACCUCACAAGUGUGAAAUUUGUUUGAAACAAUUUACUACAAGAAGUGACUUGAAAAUACAUUUGAGAGUGCACACUGGGGAAAAACCUUACAAGUGUGAGAUUUGUUUUAAGCAAUUUAGUGUAGCAGGUUAUUUGAAAAAACAUUUGAGACUGCACACUGGGGAAAAACCUUACAAGUGUGAUAUUUGUUUUAAGCAAUUUAGUCAAGCAGGUACUUUGAAAAAACAUUUGAGAGUGCACACUGGGGAAAAACCUUACAAGUGUGAGAUUUGUUGUAAGCAAUUUAGUGAAACAGGUCCUUUGAAAGUACAUUUGAGAGUGCACACUGGGGAAAAACCUCACAAGUGUGAAAUUUGUUUUAAGCAAUUUAGUGUAGCAGGUGAUUUGAAAAAACAUUUUAGACUGCACACUGGGGAAAAACCUUACAAGUGUGAUAUUUGUUUUAAGCAAUUUAGUCAAGCAGAUACUUUGAAAAAACAUUUGAGAGGGCACACUGGGGAAAAACCUUACAAGUGUGAUAUUUGUUUUAAGCAAUUUAGUCAAGCAGAUACUUUGAAAAAACAUUUGAGAGGGCACACUGGGGAAAAACCUUACAAGUGUGAGAUUUGUUUUAAGCAGUUUAGUCUAGCAGAUCAUUUGAAAAUACAUUUGAGAGUACACACUGGUGAAAAACCUUACAAGUGUGAAACUUGUUUAAAACAGUUUCGUACUGCAAAUGAUUUGACAAGACAUUUGAGAGUGCAUACUGGGGAAAAACCUUACAAGUGUGAGAUUUGUUUUAAGCAAUUUAGUGAAGCAGGUACUUUGAAAAAACAUUUGAGAGUGCACACUGGGGAAAAACCUUACAAGUGUGAAACUUGUUUAAAACAGUUUCGUACUGCAAGUGAUUUGACAAGACAUUUGAGAGUGCAUACUGGGGAAAAACUUUACAAGUGUGAGAUUUGUUUUAAGCAGUUUAGUGUAGCAGAUCAUUUGAAAAUACAUUUGAGAGUGCAUACUGGGGAAAAACCUUACAAGUGUGAGAUUUGUUUUAAGCAAUUUAAUACUCCAGGUAAUUUAAAAACACAUUUGAGAGUGCACACUGGAGAAAAACCUUACAAGUGUAAGAUUUGUUUUAAGCAAUUUAGUAUAGCAUGUAAUUUGAAAAAACAUUUGAGAGUGCACACUGAGGAAAACACUUAAAAAUUUGUGAGAUUUGUUUUAAGCAAUUUGGUACACCAGGUAAAAGCCGUAUCACACUGCGGAAAAACCUUAUCAGUUUGAGAUUUGUUUUGAUUGAUUUGCUCAAAAAGUUCAAUUAACUUCUCACAUGACAGUUCACAAUGGAGAGAAACCUCACAAGUGUGAAAUUUGUUUAAAACAGUUUAGUACUGCAGGUGAUUUGAAAGUACAUUUAAGAGUGCACAGUGCACACGGAGAAAAACAUUACAAGUGUGAGAUUUGUUUUAAGCAAUUUAGUCUAGCAAGUACUUUGAAAAACAUUGUGAUGUCACUUUAAUGCCAAGAACGAGACCAAGACCAUCUCAACCUGAUUGCAACAACCAACACCACCAAGACCGUAGCUGCAGGGACCUGAGGUCACAACAUUGCGCAGUUCAAAGUCAUACCCCAUUGGUCAAAUAUGCAAUUAAGUUAAUUGAGAUAAAAUUUAUGAUAAAGACUAUGAAACCAUUUCGUUAUUUAUCGUAUGGAAUAUUUAUUAGGAAAAUGGUUUGCUAGCUUGGCUAUGCAAAUACGUGGGUUCGAGACUUGUUGCUUAUCGACUGUGCACCUAGUAGGAAGCAGAUUUCAUUGCUCACAGUUGCCUAGCUCUAAGCCAUACCUUAAUUAGUUCAGAUGCUGAAUCUUUAGGAUAUAAUGUUUAAUCAUCAUUUUAAUCAUGCACGAGGCAUUCUUAUUCAAUUUUCAGUUUAUGAUCAUUCUGAAGAGACCUAGGUUUAAACUUGUCUGUUUAUUGUAUACUUAUUAUUCUUUCGCUUUACUGUUUUGUUGUUCUGAUAAUAAUGGUAACUUCUUGAAUAUCAGUCCUAUGGAAAUACAGCUUUUGUAUGCACCAAGGGAUUAUUGUGUUUGAGCAUCAUCUUUCCGAGGAACUCAUUUUUUUUUUGUUUGCAUGUAACUUGAGUCAGGAUCAAUAUCCUGUUCUCUGUGAGUAACUAGGGAACAUUCUCAUAAUCUGCAGUUUCUUUAGAAAUUGAUUUACCUUUUCUCUAGUAUUUCCUUGGAUUUAUUUAUAAGAGAUUAAUAUGUGACUUCUUGAUUUAUUUCAUGAGAGAUGAUUCCGAAAUAUUGGUUAGCUUUUCCUGACUAUUCUCAUAAAUCUGUUGUAGCUAUAGCUAUAGUUAGAGAAUCCCAGAAUGAGUUAACUUCUGUUAUGUCAACUAUUCAAUGGCAGCUAAUCUGAAAAGCUCAACGUAGGUGGAGCUCGUGUAGUUGGAGGUCACCUCAACUUACGUCAACACUUUAAAUCAAUCUAUUUCUAAGUAAAUAUUGCAUAUUUGUUUCGCUGUGUGAAUUAAACUUAGAGCAUAAAAUCCCUCAAUGUUGUGCUGUGCAUUUGUGCUCAUCAAGAACAUCAGGACACAGGUUUCCCAAAGAUAUUCUGAUGAGAAAAAGUGGAUUGUAGCAAUAAGACGCGAUAAAUAUGUGCUGAAAAUAAAUGCACGUAUCUGCAAUAAAAAAUUUGUUGAAACAGAUUACGUAUUGCUCCUAGAUUCGACUGUAAAAAUAGAAUACUUCAGAUCAAAAUUUAUUAUAAACGCAUGGAUUAAAAUAUGCAAUUUUAUAUACAUUCACAUCACACUGUUGCCACAUCUAAAAUCGCUUUUUAUGAAGUGACAAUAUAAUAAAAAUUAUAUUUGAAAUUAUAAUACAUAUACCUAGAAAAAUAUGAAAUAAUAAUUUAAAAUAAUUCUCAAGUUCUCAAUAUUUUUAGUGACUAAAACAUAUCCUGACCAACCUAGCGUCAUCGAAAAUAAUAUAAACAAGGUAAUAACUGAAAAUUUAAGUGACAUAUUAUCUUUAAUGACUAAAACAUAACCUGAUCAAACCUAACCUAAUCAAAAAUAACCUAAUCAAAAAUAAUAUAAACAAGUAAACAAGUUACUAACUGAAAAUUAAAGUGACCUAGUACCAUUCAAAUAUUCUUUAAUGACUAAAACCUGAUCAAACCUAACCCUAAUUUUUUCUAAUUUCACCUUAAAUUUAAGGUCGCCUUUCACCUAGACGAACACCCAAAUAAUUAUACUUAAUUAAAUUAACACAUUCUAUAUUUCUAUAAGGAAUUAUAAUUUUUUUUAAAUAAGGCAACAUUGCAGAAUCAACUGCGCUCAACCCAUGCUUAAACCAACUUUACCCAAAUGCGCAACUGUCAUAUUUUGGCCAUAUUUUGAAAAUAUCACAUUUUUAAAUGAGAUAGACACAAAAAUUGAUGCUGAGCGCACUUAUUUGGGAAUUUUAAAUUGAUAAAAAAGUAAGGCAGAUAUCAUAUACACACUAGACUCGUGAGGGGAGUGAGUCAGUACCAAAUAAAUACCCUCUGAGCUAUAGAAAUCGAACAUUGAGACGAUGAUUAAUAUAGUUUAUCAUUCGAUAAGGACUUCCUUUUUUCCAGUAACUCUCGUAUUCCUUCUCCUCAAAUGGUUUUUCAACGCACCAACAGCCCAAGAUCCAUAUUUUUCGGCCAUAAUUUAUUAUUUGUUAAAUCGUAAUCAAAAACACCAUAUACAAACUUCACGAAUUGUCAAAACGUUGACCUCCAACUACACUAGCGCCGCUAAGCGGGAUCAAAUGCGUACAUAGCUGCCAUUAGGUACCCUUGGGUAGACUUUUCAGUGCAUAUGAUGCAAAUCUGAUGAUCAGUUGAGUGAGGUUCAUGGUGCCCAAUGUAUAAUUAUUAUUAGUACAUUAAGGGCCGGUUGUUCGAACGCUAAUCAAAAAUAAUCAUUAUCAAAUAUUUAAUUACUGUCACAACUGUCAAUGUCUGUUAUGUAGAUGAAAUGUAGAAUAAAAGAAUGUGUUGAUA